CUCUGACACCUUGAGAGAUUCAUACGACGUUUUUAAUCGCCAUCUAAUUGUUCACGAAAUUUAGCAGCCUCUUUCUACGUAAAGACGGGCAUCAGCUCCCUGCAUCUUCAUCUUUGGCGCAAUCACGAAGUCUCGCCGACCGCAUGUAUCCCACUUUUUCGCCAUGAGAAGUCUGGAUCGCAUGGAAGAUGAUCUUGUAGAAGAUGUCUUUCUCCAAGAGGGCCUGCGCCCGACCAUCGCAGAACACGCAGCACAAUGCAACUCUCUAUUUCGUAAAUAUAUGGUUCUGCCCGACAUCGUGCCAGAUCCUACUGUCAUGGACGACCAGCUGGCGCGCUUUACACUUUGGACAUCAAACAUGGACAUCUAUGGACCGCUCAAUGUUUCGUUGGACUACAGACUCCGAUUCAGUCCCACAGUUGUAGACAUCAUACAUCAGCUCCUAGACGUCAUUUGCGAUACUUUGGCAUCUUUGAAGCCGAUCAACAACGACCCACCACCGCAGACUCCAAGCAGGAAACGACAACGUAUAUCAGAAUACAGCGAUUCGAAACUCACAAGGAGAGACGACGACGACGCAAGCGACUCAGACAGCGACGUGGAUCAAGCAGAAGAGAACUUUUCGAAAAUCACAGACACAAUUGGCGGGACAGUAUCACGACUCUUUCGCCUAUCGAAUGCCGUACGAAAGUCUGCAAAGACUAACCGGGCUAUGAAAAUUGAAAGAUAUACAGACGAUAAGGAGGCGAACGAAAAGAUAGCUGAAUUAAGUCACUACACAGAAUGCUACAUUAAGUUUCGAUUUCCUAUGGCGCCCGAAUCCCUUCGCUUGGCAUUGAUGAAAGCCAAUGAGCUCCGACUUCGACGACUGUAUUAUCAGCGAUCCCACCGAAGGCGCAUCGACUUGACUGUUCAGAAUCCUCAAACUAAACCACCUGAGGUUCAAUUGCCCAAAAUCAAGGAGAGUGCUCCGGCUGUACGCUUUGCUCCGAGUGCAUUGCCAAAGCCUGCGACCACCAACAGAACAUCGGGACAAGGUGGUGCCCCGGUGGUGCCGGUAACGACUGCAACUACUGCUCGACAAACUGCUGUUGGAGCUUUAUUGGCCAAGUCGGUAACCGAGGUUCCUCGGGCUAAAUCUGUUCUGGUGAACAACAAAUUGUCGUUUCCUCCAUUACCCCCAACACAGGAGUGCCCAUAUUGCGGCGUCAUUAUUGAGUUCAAGAACUCUAACAAGUCAAUGAUGUGGAACAAUCAUGUCAUCGGCGAUCUAGAGCCUUUCAUUUGUGUUUUCCCACACUGUUUAGAGGCAGGUCAUCAUAAAACCGGCCCGCUCACAUUUGAAUCAUCGAAAGCGUGGAUCGGCCACAUGCAAAACGCUCACGGACAUACAUGGGAGUGCAGGGCCCCUUCUCACCCUCCCAAAACCUUUGAUCAGGAGCUCGACUAUCAGAAGCAUUCAAUCGAAGAGCAUGGCGUGCCUGAAGAACAUGCCGGGAUGCUCAGCAGCGCAGCACGAAGACCAGCCCUUAAUAAGUUGCUGGAGUGCCCAUUUGGCGACGACUAUCAGCCCCCAGAAAAAGCCGAAUCUAGUGCCGUUUUCUCAAGUGAUGCUCUGCAGUUGCACGUCGCUGCUCACAUAAAAGAGAUUGCUCUGCUUACAUUGCAAAAAUUACCUAGCGAUGAUGAUGCUAAAAGCAUCAAAAGCGACGAAGGAUCAGAAAAUGAUGGGCAAGGGGUUGCAAACGUUCGCAGAUCCAUGUACAGUUUACUGGAUGACGAGGAUCUGGACUUCCAGCAAGACAGCUCUGAAGUUGCAGAUGUCACUGGGGACCCCCGUGAAGAAGAUAUCAGGGCAUCGGUAUCAGGACUCGACUUGGAGGACAGAGACGAGGAAGGCAUGACGAAGCUUCACCGCGCGGUGCAAGCUGGCGACGGGGACUUGGUUGAGUCUUUGAUCAACGAAGGCGCGAAUUUGGUCAGCAGGGACAAUAGCGGCCGAACAGCGUUACAUUAUGCUUCCAUGGGACAGUCGCAGAUGGAUAUUGGUAUACCGUCUCUGCUCUUGAAGGCAGGCGGUAAAGCCAUCGUGAAUCUAGGGGAUGAGAGCGGCCAAACAGCGCUUCAUUACGCUGCAGAGAGGAACCUUGUCGAUAACGUGCGUACCUUGAUUCAUCAAGGUGCUGAUAUGCAAAUCACUGACAAGUAUGGAUUCUCACCGUUUCUCUGGGCCGUGGUCACCAGGCAAGAAAGAGCUGUGGCGCACAUGGUGCAAGAGGGCGCCGACGUCAAUUCAACCACCGCGGAUGGAAAGUCUGCGGUAGCUUGGGCAGCCAGUCUGGGCUACACUAGCGUUACUUACCUGCUUGUGCAAGACGGUGCCAGCAUGCAUGCAUCUCUGAGUCGAGAUUCGCUGGGUGUGCCACUGGAAGAAGCGGCAGCUGUUGGUGACUUCCAUGCCGUAGAUUUUUUCCUCCAUCUUGGUGCGGAUCCAAAUUAUCGCGAUCGUGAUGGUUGGUCUGCAAUACAUUGGGCAGCAGAGGAGGGCUAUCCAUUAGUUGUGGGCUCGUUGCUGGGUCAGGGGGCCAACGUCAACGCCGUCAGCUCUUAUGGCACGUCACCACUGCACUGUGCUGCAAGCGGAGGAGUUGUCUCUAUUGUGAAAAUGCUUCUUGAAAAAGGAGCCGACCCUCUCAAGUCAACAUGUCACGGCUGGACUGCGCUACAUCACGCCGUUUUCAUGGGGCAUUCUGAAGUUGUCCAAUUGCUUUUAGAAGACGACCGCGUAAGAUCUAGUGCUACUCAGCAAGAUAACCAUGGCUGGUCCGUUCUUCAUCUGGCCGUCCAUAAUCGAGAUCUGGCUACUAUCAAUGUUUUGAUGGAUAGCUCUCUCAUUACAGAGCCUCGUGCCUUCUUCGAUGAAAGCGGCCUCACUGCAGAAGAAUGGCUGGACCUUGGGCCAACGAGCCAUCCCUACAAAGCGACCAGUAACUUGGCUUUUAGCAAAUCACGCUGUUGCAGGGCGACCACAAUGUUACGAUAUGCCGUUGUCAUAGGCAAUAUUCCUAUGAUCAAACUAUUCAUCAGAUCGGAAUAUUAUAAAGUUAAUGACAUGGACUCCGGAAGAAGGACCGCUCUGUACUACGCCGCCAAGAAGCGCAUGCUUCCCAUCAUGGAUCUGCUUCUCAGCAUCGGUGCCGAUCCCAACAUCCUCCCUACAGGACGCAAAACCUGGGAAGAAUUUAUCUCAGAUAAAGACGUUUUACAACGGCUUCACCAGGCUGGAUACCAAAGGCAAGAUACUGACCCUGAGUUGGAGCGCCAAAUCCGACGCGCACUUCGACCCAAAGGUCAGUUCUCUAUACCAGAUCGAACAGUCUCAUUCGCACCGGAAGAGUCAGUCAGGCCAAUGUCGUGGCGGCCUACUUUCCCUACUGAGCCAGAACAAUCGUCCUCAUCUGUCCCGGCUUCGUCAACGCCAUCUGUUCCAGAUCAUUCAGCUUCAAGUACGCCGAUGGAAUCACCGGCGCCUACACCGCAGACAAAUGACAAUAAGCGCAAAUCGAGGACGGUUCGGUCGCGCGCAACGGGCUUUUGGAAACGGCUAAUAGGAUAGCACGGUCAUCUCGUAGAGGAGAGAUUGUUUUAGUAUAUAUGUACUUUUAGCUAUAAUUAAACCAUUCACAAUGAGUGGAGC